AUGAAUCCCCUUUCUAUACCUAUAUCUACGUCUACAUCGCGUUCAGUCUCACCUAGAGGUAUACCUGCUUCAGCUACAGCUUCGACUUCAAGGAAAACGACCUGGCCAUUGGAAAUCGAGGAAAACGACAUUGAAUCAUCAUCUUCCACUCACCUCAACGUACCUUCCUUAAUAGCGACAACCUCAACAUUUACAUCGAACUCUUCGAACCCAUUGUCCCUGUCUACUUCGCGCGGUGUCAAACGUACGACCCGAGAUACGACUUCACCCAAAAGGACAAAACGUAUACGCGAAGCUACACCUGUUGAGGAUGGCUCCACGCCAAAUCUUGUAGAUGCAACGGGUACCUCAUCUUUCCAGUUUCUGAAUGCUUCUGCGCCUACUACGGCUAUUGCCGGACCGAGCUCAUACGUGCAGGAAGAUGUGGUGGUAGAGACGAGCGAGAAUGGUGAUGGUGAAGAGGACAGUAAGAGCGUUUUGUUUUCUGAACAAACAGGGAAGACGGAAUUGAUAGAAGGUGAAUGUGAAGGGGAUGAGACGAUAAUACAACAGGAAGAGGACGAAGGGGCAGAUGAUUACACGGUGGAAGGUGAAGGACAGUAUGAUGAAGAGCAACAAUAUGACCAGAAUGAGGAAGAAGGGGAAGAAUUUUUAGUGGAAGAGCAAUAUGAACCUCAAGAUGAUCCUUCGGUCGACGACGAAGGAGAGGCAUCUACCAACUCACGUCCAUUGACUAUCGAUCUCAGAAAAGUCAUGCCUCCCCCGCCGACAGAUAUAAUAUCGAAAUCGAAAUCAAGAUCGACUUCAUCUUCACAUCGUCAGUCAUACGGUUCGAACAUGGUCAAUGAUACGAUGACUCAAGUCAUCGAAGGUUCCUCUUCCAGACAGAGGCAGAAUACAAACCAUAAUAUCAACGACCAUCAUUCGUUCGUCGAUCUGAACGAUCAAGUUUACUCAGAUAAUGUAGAAGAACAUCAAGGAGGAGAGGAAGAAGGAAGCGGAUCACCUGAGAGUUAUCAUUCGGGUGAUUCAGACGAGUAUGAGAUGGAACAUAGACCGGUAUUGGAACGAACAGCGAUCAAAAGGGAUAUAAGAAGUUUUACAGAGAGCUUGACCGUACUGAGAGAAGGUGUAGAUGGGUAUUUACCAUAUAAAGUGGUUGAUAGGUUAGGGGAGGGUACAUUCUCAUCCGUCUAUUUGGCAUACGAUUGCUUGAACCGCACUUACGCGAAUGAAUACUGGUCUGGAAUCCCUGAUGAAGAUCAAGAUGAAGAUACGAACGAACAGCAACCGGCAGUCAAGGUUGCUUUGAAGAAGAUCUUGGUGACCAGUAGUCCAGCUAGGAUAGAAAAUGAAUUAGCAAUCCUUGAAGCAUUAAGAGGUUGCCGGAAUGUCUCGCAACUCAUCAGUGCAUUUAGAGAAGAAGAUCAAAUCAUCAUUGUACUACCCUUUCAUCGGAGUGAUGAUUUUCGACAUUUCUACCGACACAUGGACCCCCCGCACAUCCGAUCGUACCUUCAAAGCUUAUUCCGAGCCUUGAAAGAUAUACAUAAACGAGGGAUAGUCCAUCGAGAUGUCAAGCCUGCUAAUUUCUUGUACGAUUACGAAACGGGACAAGGUGUCUUGGUAGAUUUCGGAUUGGCGGAGAGAUACGUCCCACCGAGGAAACCGACUUGUCAACAUGCUCCUGCAACUAUCAGCUCAUUGCAGGGAUCAAAAAUCAAAACUGGGGAAACGUCAGUAGUGGAACAAGCUGUUUACGAUGCGAGGAAGAGAUCUAGACAAGGUGAAGGUAGAAUUGGUUUCCCACAUGAGGACAAGAGGCCGACGAUCAAGACUAAUCGAGCGGGAACAAGAGGUUUUAGAGCACCAGAAGUAUUGCUCAAAUGUCCUGAUCAGACUGUUGCAAUCGAUAUUUGGUCCGCUGGUGUGAUGCUUUUGUCGAUUUUGACUCAUAAAUUUCCGGUAUUCAAUUCGAGCGAUGAUAUUGAGGCUUUAAUGGAAAUUGCUGCUAUCUUUGGAAGAGCAGCGAUGGAACGAUGUGCUCUACUUCAUAAUCGAACGAUAAUUUCCAAUGUGCCUACCCUCGACUCUCACCCUUCCUCUCUCGCAUCGUUAGUCAUGAAACUCAAUCCUCAUAUAUACACACCGCAUAUGACCAAUCCUACACCCGAUGAUGCUCGAGAACACAUAGAAGCGAUCGAUCAAGUUAUCGACCUGUGUCAGAAGCUUCUCAGACUAGAUUCGACUAAACGUCUCACUGCUGCUCAAGCUCUCAGACACCCUUUCAUAGCUCCUCGAGAAGGCGAGGAAGAUGAGGAAGAAGGCAGGGAUGAGAUGAUUCAUCCGCAGGAUGGGAAAUGUGGUGAAUUGCAUGAAGUUGAGGAUGGCAGACAUCGAGCCUAUUUCCAUCCUGAUAUGAGAGAUUUACCUUUCGGACAAGGUAUACCACCUACUCGUGAUUCUUUAUGUCCCGAACAUGAACAUUAUCAAGAACGCUUCCAGAUAAACCCACUUGUCACUCGCCGAUGGGUCAACCAGGCUGCCGAAGAUGCAGAUGAGGCGCAAGAAGGAGAUGAGGAAGACUUUGUUGUCGAGAGUGAACCCAUCGACAAGCGAUAUCCUAAUAUCAACGGGAACGGUAUGACCCAACCGUUGAAAGAACGGGAUAUCAACGCUCCUACGAAUCAUGUUCAUAAUGGUUUGACUUACGAUCGGAAAAGGAGAGGGGUCGUUAUUGAGAUGUAG